AUGAAACUGGUGCAGGUAUCUUUGCGCACUUGCGUUGGGUAUACUUUUCUUUGGAUAUUAUUGUUGAGAGUGUCCACCGCUGUAUCGUUGGUGUGGACGACCAUUACCUAUGAUGACUUUCAAGACGGCUGGGGCAACUUUGCAACGGUGGCAGAUAGCGACGGCGACGCCACGUGGGAUGCCCAAGCACUGAGAAUUCAAAACAAUUCUGGCAACCGAUCGUCCGUGUUUUUGAGCACACCCUACAAUGUGGCCGCUUUUCAAGACUUGCGAGUGAGUUUCUCGUAUCAUGCGCAAGACAUGGAAGAUGGGGAAUCGUUCCUUCUAGAGUACCUUCCCACCCAGAGUGGAUCUUGGCAGGUAGUCAAACGCUACGUGGCGGGCAUCGACUUUUCCAACAGUGACAGGUCUUCAUUGAGUAUCAUCACCUUUAGCCAUAGAAUGGAUGAAGCAAUGUACGAGCUCACGGAUGCGGCCAACAUUCGAUUUCGUUGUGAAGCAUCGAGCAGCAAUGACUUUGUAUUUCUGGACGAAAUACGAUUUCAAGGACUGGAAAUCGUACCCACCGAAUCACCCAGCACAACUCCACCAACGUCCAUGCCAUUACGGAAUCCAACCAACACUCCGACGAGAGCAGUGGAGGUGAAUUGCCCCCUCGAUCGAUCAUUCAUUCCAGAGAAAUUUGAGAUGGGGCCCUACGCAGACGACAAUCCAAAUGAUGCUGUCGAAGACGACCUCUUUGAGAUCAGUUCGAUUGCCUACAGCGAGCAAGUGGAUAGCAAUGGGCUCCGCUAUGCGUACAUGGUUUCGGACAAGGAACAAUACAGUCUCAAGGUCAUUCGGUUCACGGCCAACACCAUCAAUGGCAAUCCCAUCAACGGUCAGGGGUUUGGCGUGGCCGCCUAUACCCUCUUCACCGAGGAACCCUUGAAUGAUGACUGGGAAGAUAUCUCACUGGGACCUUGCACGGAUAUCAAUACAACUUCUUAUACCACAGACCAGACUUGCAUUUACAUUGGCAACAUUGGCAACAAUAAUCGCCCUCCAAAGCCACAACGGGAGAACCUGUACAUUUACAAGUUUGUGGAACCCCUCAUUGGGAGCGAUGGACCCAUGGAUCAAAUCGUGCAGUUUGCUACCAUUGAGUUUCGUUAUGGCAACGGGUUUGACCAGUCCGAAGGCAGGUAUUAUGAUGCGGAAGCUUUGUUUGUCGACUGGACGGGUGUUGUGGAAGGAAACAACAACAAUGACGAAAACCAAGGGGAUAUAUACGUAUCGACAAAAGGCGGGUGCAGCGGUGGAGUUGGCAAGAUACCAGUCAGCGUUCAUAGGGAUCUGGGCGCUGGCGAACUCUUGUCGAAUUUCAGUAUGGCUCGCGUGGUUGGUGUGGUCGAUGUUCCGAUUAUUGCCGAGAACGUGAAUGUGCAAAUCUCCAGAUCUUGUCGCGAUGGGUGGUUUGGGGUCUGGACGGGUGCCGAUAUGCGUCGCGAUGGCCAACUCAUCGCCUUCAACCUGGAAGGUGCUCCUGGGUCUGGAGGUUCGGUAUACUUCUUCCCUCGUGCUAGCAAUCAAUCGGUACGAGAGGCCCUUAGUGGGCAACCUUGCAACUUUGUGGCCACUCUUGCGAUUGGGUUGGAGGAUGAAAGAAAGUACGAAGCCGUCGCCUUUGUCGAUCCAGCAGGCAUUAGGCUUGCUCAUGUCUCAGAGUGCAGUGGUGUCUGCACCCCUUCAGUGUUCGAAUAUGACUUGGAAUACAUUCCCUCGUAA